AUGUCAGCAGCUAAAAGAGUUCAGCAAUGGGCUACAUUUGCUCGUACUUGGCAUAUAUUUGACUGCAAAUGGCAAGACCCGUAUGAGUCUGCUAAUAUUAUUAAGAAAUAUCUCAUGGGGCAACAUAAACCAAUCUAUCAUCCUUUAAAUGAUUGCGGAGACGUCGUUGUGUGCAUCAACAGCCGCGAAAUUGCUUUAAGAGGUGAUGAAUGGCGUAAGAGAGCGUAUUUUCAUCACACUGGGUAUCCUGGCGGUGCUUCGUGGACUCUAGCAUGGGAGUUACAUAACAAAGAUCCAACUAUGAUUAUUAAAAAGGCAGUAUACAGAGCGAUGAAAGGCAACCUACAAAGACGUCACACAAUGCAAAGACUUUUUAUUUAUCAUGAAGAAAAUGUUCCUGAAGAUAUAAUGAAGAACGUAUCAAGCCAGAUCCGCCAGUCGCGCCUUGUGCCAACUAGACUUGACCAUAUACCUGAGGAGGAGGUUAAACAAUAUCCUAAAGUUAUGGAUUACCCCAAAGAUUAUGUGCUUAAAUAA